AUGGCUCCUUCGUUGGUUGUUGAUGGUAACAAUGUUGAUCAUGAGAACACCCCUCAAAUAGUAGAGAAAUGGUUCCAUGAUCACAUUCAGCAUCAUGCAAAACCCAAUUUCACCAAGUUCCAUUUCUUAGUCCAUGACGAUGUUACAGUUGAUAAGCCAACAUCUCUUCUUGUUGCUCCAGCCAACACUAACAAUAUAGCAUCUAUUGCUUUUGGAUCGACCUACAGUAUGGAUGCUCCGAUCACUAUUGGAUCAGAUCCGGAGUCCAAACUUAUCUUCCGAGCUCAGGGCACGUUCACCUUUGUAGGUCAAGCCGAGCCAGUUCUUUCAAUGGCUAUCAAUUUGGUAUUCACAGAAGGAGAUUACCACGGAAGUUCUCUAAGCAUUUUGGGGAACAAUCCCAUAUCUCAUCAAUAUAGAAAAAUGCCGAUAUUGGGAGGUACCGGAAUAUAUCGGUUGACUCGUGGGAAUGCCACCAUGGAUAUUGUUACUGUUGAUAUAGCAAAACUCAAUGAUAUUCUUGAGUACCACGCCAUCAUUCAACAUUACUAG